GGCCCGUCUAACUCCAUCUGUUUUCAAGGAAUCCGAUCCAACCCACUCUUUUUUUUUUUUUUUUUUUUCCUGUUGGGUAGCUUUGGGCCAAUGGGCCCAACGAGUUUCCGCAGCAAUACUCUGUUAGAACGGCAUUGUUAAAAUUGGGCACGAAUUCGAUUAGCAACUCCAAUCCUUGUUUGAUAAAAAUCAGCGUGUUUUAUGCAGUAGAUCAAUCUCGCCUACUUUUAUGCAGUAUGUUUCUUGAAGCAUCACAACCUCGUUGAUGUAUCUACAAAUGUUGAAGCCGUAGAUCAGUCUCGCCUACAUUUAUGCAGAAUUUCUUGAAGGUUAUAAGUCCCCUGUUGCUAAUGGAGAUGAAGCUGAUUCAUUGGAGAUGCGUAUCGCAGAUGCAGCUUAUGCGGCUGAAGAUGCUAUCGAAUCUCAUAUUGUGCACAAAGCUCAGCUGAGCAGAUCCAAAGAAACCAAAGAUGCUAUGGAAUCUCAUAUUGUAGAGAAGGUUCAGCUGAGCAGAUCCAAAGAAGCCAAAAUCAGCUGUUUCUUCAACUGCUUUCGAGAUCCGAAAAAUGAGUCAUCAGAUCACGAUGAUGAACUGAUUAACUUGUAUCAAGAUGUACAAAAAGUGAUUGAAGAAAUGGAUCAGAUCAAGAAAGAAGCCACGGAGAGUGCAGCGGAAGCUCAGCUGCAGAGAAAUGUCUCCUCGACUCGUGCUGGCUCCUUGACGUUCUCUUCCACUGUGAAGGAAAGCAUAAUGGUGGGCUUUGACGAUGUGUCACUUGAACUCCUGGAUAGGCUCACUGGAGGGCACCGCAAUCGCCAAAUCAUCCCAAUCACGGGGAUGGGCGGGAUUGGUAAGACCACUCUUGCCCUUCAUAUAUUUGAGCAUGCACUUGUUAAGCAUCAUUUUGAUAUUUGUGGUUGGGCUACAAUUUCUCAAACUUAUAAUGUUAGAGAAACACUUAGAGAAGUUCUUCGCCAAGUAAGUGGAAAUUCGGGUGGCGAUCUAAGUGAGGAAGAUUUAGGAGACAAACUACAUAAGUAUUUAUUAUGCAGGAGGUAUCUCAUAAUACUGGAUGAUAUGUGGAGUGUAGAGGUGUGGGAUAAGAUGAGGUUUUUCUUUCCUGAUAACAAUGAUGGGAGUCGAAUAAUCGCAACGACUAGGCUGUCAAACUUGGCUGCCGUGUUGACAGACUCUAACAGCAUUGGUAUGAGACUCUUAGAUGAUGUUAGUAGCUGGAACUUGUUCUCCAAAACUGUGUUUGGGGAUGAGGGGUUUCCUCCACAACUUGAGGAAAUUGGAAAGAAAAUUGUGGAAAAGUGUUAUGGACUUCCUUUGUCGAUUGUUGUGAUUGGGGGUCUUUUGGCAAAGUCCGAACUUACACUAGAAUAUUGGGAGCACAUAGAGAAAAAUUUAAGCUCAAUAGUGAAUUCUGAGAAUGAUGAAUAUUGGUUGAGAGUAUUGAAACUGAGCUAUGACCAUUUGCCUGCCUAUCUGAAGCCUUGUUUUCUGUAUAUGGGAGUGUUUGGGGAAGAUGAGAAAAUUAGAGUCUCAGAUAUCAUCAAGAGAUGGGUUUAUGAAGGAUUUCUUAAACCAAUUACUAAUAAGAGCAUGGAAACUGUUGCCAAAGAGUAUCUGAAGGAGCUAGUUGAUAGAAAUCUCGUUCUAGUUAAUGAGUUGGGGAAACUUGGGAAUAUAAAGUACUGCAAAAUGCAUGAUCUACUGAGAGAUCUAUCUUUGAAAGAAGCUGAAAAGCAGAGGUUUUAUUAUGUCUUAGGGCAACAUUGUCCUCGAGGCAUAAGUAGCCAACGCCGCAUUGUUAUUCCUCGAGUCACAAAUAGCCAACGCCACAUUCUUCCCAAAAUGAUUUUAGAUGAGAAUGUCUGUGAUGCCUUGGAAUCUAUGCCACUUGCUCGUUCUUACCUAUCUUUAUUACUUGGCCGUCAUCAUGAACGUCCUUAUGAUAUAGUUCGGCAAUUGCUAAAUUGUAGGCUGUUGAGGAUUCUGACUAUACAUGCGUAUAUCCAUGAGUCUUACCUAAAAAAUGUGUUUCAGUUGAUGAACUUGAGGUACCUUUCGAUUGGAGUUUCGAGAAGAUGUCUUGAGGAGUCCCCCCAAGUCCCUUCUUCAAUCAAUUUCCUAUGGAAUCUACAUACACUAAUUAUUAUUUAUGAUGAGGAACUUACUGCACCAGCAGAAAUUUGGAAAAUGCAUCAGCUUAAGCAUGUCGAGUGCAUAUUUGGAGGAAUGUAUCUCCCAGAUCCUCCGAGUGAUGAUAAUGUUAUCAUGGAGAAUCUAGAGACUCUCAAAGGAGUGUUUGAUUUGAACUUGAAUGAAGCAUUGGUUAAAAGAAUACCCAAUAUCAAGAAAUUGUAUAUAAGUUACUGGGAUAAACUAAUGGACAGAGGGAAGUGCCUCAGGUAUGUUCGGUUUCUGAGUAAAUUGGAAAGCUUCAAGUGCUAUAUUAAGUAUGGAAUUGAUGAGCAUUUGCAAAGUAUUAUCUUCCCAAACUCACUCAAGAAGCUGUUUCUUAGCUGUGACAUCCAUAUUGAGGAAAUUCUGGAACAUCUAGGUUGGUUACCACUUCUUGAGAAGCUUCAACUGGAACAUGGUCGGUUUGCAACACGCUGUUGGAAAAUAGUUGAAGGCCGAUUCCCCUGCCUCAAAUACUUGAGUUUGGAUGAGUGUGCGAAUAUGGAAUGUUGGACUUUAGAGGGCUCUUGCUUGCCGCGCCUCGAGCAACUUCGUCUCAAAAGCAUGCGGUUGUUGAAGGCGUUCCCUUCAGAAAUUGGAGAAAUAGCAACACUCAGAUCAAUUGAAUUGGCGGAGUGCAGUGAAUCGAUGGCUAUGUCUUUGAAAAGGAUAGUAGACGAACAAGAGGAGUUACAAGGGGAGCCAUCCUUCCAUGUUCGAGUUAAGUCAUACAAUGUCAGCCAAGAACUGCGGAGCUUGGCAACUCCCAACUUUUGUGUAGGACAUGCUUAAACUUGUUUGAUGUGAUGAGGAAUUCAGUUGUCGGAAUACUAAUUUGAGUGAUUAAUGUUCCAUAUCUCGCUCCCUUCCU